UAAACCUGCUGCUACUCACGACUGACCGCCGUCCCCAUUAUUUCCGUUGCCUGCGCUAACCUUCGUAUCUAGAGACGAUAUUGCUUCUUGCCGUUCCAUCCUGAUGCGACCGUUCCAAGUUCCUUUCCAGUCUGAUGCGGCUGUUCCAAGUUUCUUCUCCGUUUCUUCCCAUCCAACGGGAAUUACUUCAUCGGCCUGUCGAUCAGAAACGAGAAUCAACUCGGCAAUAAGCUUUCCGGUGAUGUGCUUCAGAACAUUCCAAGGCGAUUCCGAACACGAGACUAGAAACGAUAGUCCAAUGCACCAUGUCCUGGCCCCCAGUCCUAGAACAAAUAAUGCGCCAGCCUUUCGAUCUAGAAACAACCCUAGUUCUGCCUCGUGAUCUCGUAUUGGAGGAUGCCUGAUGGAGGACGCCCGUCUUCGC